GUCAAGUUUCCAGUCACAAGUUCAAGAGCAUCGGCGGCAGACUCAUUGCGGCCAUCGCGAGCGACACACGCGAACGCGGGAAAUAUUUGUUCUGAAUUCGAAUUUGACGUGUGUUUUUUUUUAAUUUCUCGCAAGGGUUGACGGACAAGCAACGAUGCAGAACCUCAUACGGUCAGCAAUCCUGCUACUCGCAGUAGCAGCUACGUGCGCCGCACCAGCAUCAGACAAUAACCUCACACAGGACAAAAAUGAGCCAUCAACUCACGAGUUUCUCAGCUCCCUCGGUCUUAAGAAGCUGCGUUUACCAGCCGCCCACCACAGAAAGCGUUUAGCCGAACAAGGCAGGCGACAUGGCACCGGCGACUCCAGAAUGUUCGUGAUCAAGCUACCACCAAACAUGAACUACUACAGCAAUAUAGACCCUGCACCAGUUGCAGCCAGGAAAUUACCCCUUCAAAUGCACGGCAACGGAAAACCAGCUCGUGUGUAUCAUUGGAACCUUCCAGUUCUCAACAAGCUGGCAAAGAACCGCCCUCAGGCGCGUCUCAAUGAUGACAUAGUGAAUGUAGAAAACACUCCAACAUGGAUAAAGGCUCACCCCAAUGCAAUAGAGUCGAUAUCCUACUAUGUCCCGGCGAAGGUUCAGUCUUUCAGGAAAUACUACUCUGGUAAUGGAAAACCCAAGUCGUUUUACGUCUUAGAAAAGGACAAGAAAGCUGCGGAAUAUCACAAGUUCCUGCCAUAAUUUCACUUAUUCCUGUAUAACUUUCCAGGCUUGCAUUUAGCUACCUUUAACCUUUGAGUAUAAAGUAAAACAAUCUUUAUUAGAUUUACAUAACCGCAAUGCAUUGUAUUUUUAAUUAUAAAUGUUGCCAGUUUAAAAAACAAUAAUCCAGUAAUUUAUUAUAUUCGUAAAUUGUUGAAUUAUUAUAUAUUCAAUUUAUUUUUAAUUUAAAACUCAGUGCUACCUUUAACUAUACUAUACUAAGGUUUUACUCUGAAAUAAACGCAAUAAUCGUCCAAUAUUAUAAGGACUUAUUUUAUUUGUAAAUAGUGGCUAAUAGCUUAAGUAACAAUAGGUGCUUCAAAUAAUUAAUGAAGACUGCGAUACGAAUUUAAAUUAUUAUCAAUUUAGCUAUAGAAUUAUUUAAGAGCCAAAAGAUUCAAAUAUAAUUCUGGACUAAAAGAUAGGGCCAGGGAUUACUUUUUGCCGAAAUUAAUUUCCCUUAGUUUUAUGUGUAUACUUAAAUCAUAACAUUUUAAAGAUAUGAUACUAAACUAAGCUGAAAAUGUGCAUUUAAUCAAAUAUUAAUAAUACGUUAUAAUGUAUAGCUUUUAACUUAAAAACGCAAAGCCUGCGUCUUCGCCUUAGGAUCGGAACAGUAGUAGCUCGAAUUCUGGUUUAUGACAACUAAGCUAGGCUAAAAUACUACUGAGACGCUUGUUAGUAAUGUCACUUCUCACAAUGUUUGCUGAAUUUCAAAGGCAAGGCAGAAUAAUAAAUGUUUAUAAUCUGUGCUUUCAAUGACGUCUUUAUCAGACCAAAGACAAAAAAGCAAAUAAAAUCAAAAAUGUUUCAUCGCAAACUCUUUUAUGCCGAAUUUGGUGUAAGUGCCGGUCCUCGAACGUACGUUUAAUAAUUUAAUAAUAUAGGCAGUAAUUGUCUUUGAUUAUUUGGUGUAGCCUACAAAUAAUAUGUAGUCGAUCAACUUAAAAACGCUUUAGCUUUAUUUUAGUUUUAAGCUAGAUGUUAAAUGUAAUUAUUUCAUAUUUUGUACAACAUUUAAUGUAAUAAAUAAAUCGUUUAUAAAUAAAAA